AUAAUGGCUUCUCCUCAUGCACAAGAUCGUGAGCCUGCAUUGUCAAUGACUCGCAGCGGCUUGGCAACGAAAGAAACAAAAGUUCAACUUUAUAUUUAUACUAAUCACUUUAAAGUGAAUGUGACCAAUGUUGAUGGGUAUUUUUUUAAAUACAAUGUUUCAAUUUUUUAUGAAGACGGUCGUCCACUUAACGAUAAAGUUAUAAGGAGGAAAGUACUUGAUCGUGUUCAUGAAACUUACAAGGCCGAGUUUAAUGGGAAUUUUUUUGCAUAUGAUGGUGAAAAGAGUUUGUUUACUGUUGGAGCUCUUCCAAGCAACAAGCUGGAGUUUACUAUUGUUCUUGAGGAUAUCUCAUCCACUAGGACCACUGGAAUGAGGAGUCAACAUGCUCAUGGAAGUCCUAAUGAAAGUGACUGGAAAAGAGGGAAACAUCCUUAUCCAUCAAAGACUUACAAGGUGGAGAUAUCUUAUGCUGCAAAGAUACCUAUGCAGGCCAUUGCCAAAACUUUAAGUGUUCAGGACUUAGAGAAAUCUCCUGAGGCUCUGAGGGUUCUGGAUAUUAUCCUCAGGCAGCAUUUAGUUAAAAAGUACAUUAUUGUUCCUUAUCUUCUGUAUGGCUUGUCAUUCAUGAUUGAUAUUAAUACGGAGAGCUGCAGCUGCAGGGGAUGCCUCCUUGUUCGUGGAUUUCAUUCGAGGUUCUGUACCACGCAGGGUGGCUUAUCGUUGAAUAUAGAUGUAUCCACCACGAGCGUCAUCCGGACUCGGCCUGUUGUUGAGUUCCUUAUAGCCCAUCAGAAUGCCAAGGAUCCAUUCUCUCUUGACUGGGAAAAGGCCAAAAGAGCGCUAACAAAUUUUAAGGUGAGGACCAGUCCAACUAACACAGAGUACAAGAUUACUGGACUGAGCGAGAAAAUCUGUAAAGAGCUUAUGUUUUUUUCGAAGCAGAAAGGGAAAAAAGAUGAGAAUGGAAAGCCACAAAUGAUUGAAAUCACCGUGUAUGAUUAUUUUGUAGACAUUCGAAGAAUUCCGCUGAGUUACUCUGGUGAUUUUCCAUGCAUUGAUGUUGGGAAACCUAAUCGACCAACAUAUAUCCCUUUAGAGCUUUGUUCAGUAGUCUCUUCGGAAAAUUAUACAAAAUGUAACUCUUCCGGGUCACUGGUGGAAAUAACAAGGCUGAAACCAAGAGAUAGGAUGACAGUUUUAACAAAUGCUCUUGGAAUUAACAACUAUGCUGCUGAGCCUUUGCUGCGUGCUUGUGGUGUUUCAAUUAGCAAUAACUUUACUCCAGUUAAAGGGCGCAUUCUUGCAGCACCAAGGCUGAAAGCAGGAUGUGGAGAUGACAUUUUUCCCUGCAACGGGCGCUGGAAUUUCAGCAACAAGAAACUCGUGGAGCCCACAACCAUAAAUGAUUGGGCUGUUGUUAACUUUUCUGCGCAAUGCGAAAUUGAUUCUCUUAUAAAUGAACUCAUCAAAUGUGGAGAAGAGAAAGGAAUUAACAUUGCUCGUCCUGUAAACGUGUUUGAGGAGAGUUCAGAGCACAGGCGUUCACCUCCUCUUGUUAGAGUUGAGAUGAUGUGUAAAUUGUUAUUCUCGAAGAUUGAACAAAAGCCACAGUUUCUCCUCUGUUUACUUCCCGAGAGGAAGAAUUCCCCUCUUUAUGGUCACUGGAAAAGGAAGAAUCUGAUUGAGUAUGGAGUUGUUACACAGUGCAUUGCUCCAGCAAAAGUCAAUGGUCGAUACUUGACAAAUGUGCUUCUCAAAAUCAAUGCAAAGCUUGGUGGUUUAAACUCAAAGUUAUCAAUUGAGCAUUCUCCUAGCAAUCCAUUGGAAUCAAAGAUACCGACGCUCAUUCUUGGGAUGAGCGUUUUCAAUGGAUCUCCUGGGAAGUCUGGUGUUCCAUCCAUUGCCGCGGUCGUCAGUUCAAGGUGUUGGCCACUGUUCUCAAAGUAUAGGGCAUGUGUCCGUACUCAGUCCCCGAAGGUUGCAACGAUUGAGUCUUUGUUUCAGAAAGUUUCUGACAAAAAAGAUGAUGGGAUUAUAAGGGAACUUUUGAUGGAUUUCUACACAAGUUCGGGAAGCAAGAAACCUGAUCAAAUCAUUAUAUUUAGGGACGGUGUCAGCGAAUCUCAGUUUAACCAGGUUCUUAAUGUUGAACUGAAUCAAAUCAUCGAGGCCUGUAAGUUCUGGGAUGCGAAUUGGUCCCCGCAGUUUGUUGUUAUUAUCGCACAGAAGAAUCAUCAUACAAGGUUUUUUCGGCCUGAAUCUACUGAGCAUGUUCACCCUGGAACUGUAAUUGACAAUACGAUCUGUCGUGGACAGAACAGUGAUUUUUACCUGUGCUCUCAUGCUGGUAUAACUGGCAUUACAAGGCCAACCCAUUAUCAUGUUCUGUUGGACCAAGUUGGUUUUUCCCCAGAUGAUCUACAAGAAUUUGUUCAUUCACUUUCUUAUGUGUACCAGAGCAGCACAACUGCUAUCUCUGUGGUUGCUCCAAUAUCUUACGCUCACUCGGCAGCUACUCAGAUGGCGAAGUUCAUGCCUGGAAUUUCUUCUAGCCAUGGUGUGAUCAAUACUGCUGGAUCUGUUCCAAUCCCCCAGUUGCCGCGUUUGCAUGAGGAUGUGUGCAACUCAAUGUUCUUUGUCUAAGACCGGAGAAUGUUUAAACUCUUGAAAGCCUUGUGUAUAUACUAUCGUCAGUCUAGUUCGCUAAUGAGUAAUGAGUGUCGGGGAGUGUUAACAACUUGGAAUCAUUCAUAUGCUUUUGGACAGCAAGCCAGUAUUGCUUUACUUUCUGCUGCUUGUUAUGCAAAUAUGGCUGCUGAACUCGCUAUGCUGAAUAAUUUUGGUUAUUGACUGACAACUUUAAAAAUGCGCAUAUUUUGAUCUUCUAGUA